AGUGACAGCCAUCCCAAAUUUCCGUUUGACUCUGAACAGUUUUCGUUUUCCACACAAAGCGAGAGUCUGUGAGGGAUAGACGGUUACUUUGUGAGAACACCCAAUCCAAUCAGUUUUUAAUUCCCUUUUAUAUUUGUCCUCCUCCCUCUCUCUCAACUCUCAUCACCAACUCCAACCUGUCCAUUGCCUGGCCUCCUUCCGUUCACAGGCCUCUCAGCUGUCUUCAACAGAAAACAACCUCAAUUCUCUCCUACCUUUUCUUUCCGCUUUACCUAUAUCUUCUCCAAACUUUAUAAGAAAAAAGAGAGCUUGAAUUUGCUUAAUCGGCCGAGACCUACCUUUUCUCAGCUGGGAUUGGUUCUGAGUAUUCAUUCAGUUGGACUGGAAGUGAAAUUCUAUGAAAAUAUUUCAUCUGGAAUUUCUUUUUUGAUCAAGUCUCAUCUGGAAUUUCACUUUAACAUUUUUGGAUUUGAGAAAGAAAAAGAAAAUCACACACACAUAUAUAUUGUUUUAUUUCUGGGUGAUUUCAGUGUAGUCGAAGAGUGAGAUCUUUAGCUAUUCAUUUGUUUUUAUUUUUCUGGAAUUAUGACGAUCGAGACAUUACCAGGAAGCUCUGGGUAUUUGGAUAUGUACCCAGAGAGAAAAAUACCACUUUUGAAGAAUCCUUAUAUUAUGGGUCUCACUGUGGUUGCUGGGAUCGGUGGUCUGCUUUUUGGUUACGAUACUGGUGUCAUAUCUGGAGCACUUUUAUACAUCAAAGAUGAUUUUGUGGCUGUUAGGGAAAGUAGUUUUCUACAGGAAUCAAUUGUGAGCAUGGCGUUGGUUGGUGCCAUGAUUGGAGCAUCAGCAGGAGGUUGGAUUAAUGAUGCUUAUGGACGUAAGAGGGCCACUGUUCUUGCUGAUAUUGUCUUUGCUCUUGGAUCUGUUGUAAUGGCUGCUGCACCAGAUCCUUAUAUUCUCAUAUUGGGCCGACUACUUGUUGGACUUGGUGUUGGCGUAGCAUCUGUUACUGCUCCUGUUUAUAUUGCAGAGGCAUCACCAUCGGAAAUAAGGGGAGGAUUAGUGGGAAUGAAUGUUCUUAUGAUUACUGGUGGACAAUUUCUUUCGUACCUUGUAAAUCUUGCUUUCACUGAGUUACUUGACAUGCAGGUUCCUGGCACUUGGCGAUGGAUGCUUGGCGUUGCGGGCGUGCCAGCUGUGAUCCAAUUUGUUCUCAUGCUCUUUAUGCCAGAGUCCCCCAGAUGGCUUUUUAUGAAGGACAGAAAAACUGAGGCGAUUUCUGUACUUUCAAAAAUUUAUGACAUUUCUCGUUUAGAGGAUGAAGUAGAAUACCUAAACUCUCAGUUGGAGGAAGAACGCCAAAAGAAGAGAGAUGUUAGGUACUUGGAUGUUUUUAAGAGAAAGGAAAUCAGACUUGCAUUUCUAGCUGGUGCCGGACUUCAGGCUUUCCAACAAUUUACUGGUAUCAACACGGUCAUGUACUACAGCCCAACUAUUGUCCAGAUGGCUGGGUUCAAGUCAAACCAGUUAGCUCUUUUGCUGUCGUUGAUUGUUGCUGCGAUGAAUGCUGCGGGUUCAAUUCUCGGAAUAUACCUUAUUGAUUAUGCAGGACGAAGGAAGUUGGCCCUCUCAAGUUUAGCUGGGGUAAUUGUAUCCCUUCUCAUCCUCUCAGGGUCCUUUUUGUUUGGUUCGUCUGGUUCUACAGGUGGACUCUCUGGUUGGUUUGCAGUCAUAGGUUUAGCACUUUACAUUGCUUUCUUCUCACCUGGAAUGGGACCUGUGCCUUGGACGGUGAACUCAGAGAUAUAUCCCGAAGCAUAUCGUGGGAUAUGCGGAGGUAUGUCUGCAACGGUAAAUUGGGUUUCGAAUUUGAUUGUAGCCCAGUCAUUCCUUUCAAUAGCUGAUGCUCUGGGGACCGGUCCUACAUUCUUGAUUCUUGCUGGUAUAGCAGUGAUCGCAUUUGUGUUUGUGAGUUGUUAUGUGCCUGAGACGAAGGGAUUGACAUUUGAGGAAGUGGAGAAUAUUUGGAAGGAGAGGGCUUGGGGCAGUGGUUCAAACACUCAGAGCCUACUUGAGCAGAGAAACGAGUCGUAGAUACUAUAGUAGAUAUGAUCCUAUCAUUAUUUGGGUUUGUUUUAUUGUACUUGUGCUAGUGUUUUAGGAAAAAGCUAGGGGAGGCAAGGGAUCGUCCUUUGCGCGGGUGCCAACAUAGUUGGCUGAGCUUAAAGGAUUUUGAUGCUUUUCCUAUCACCUGAAAGAAAAGAAAAAGAAAAAAAAAGGGUAAUAAAUAUGGAUACGGUAUUUAUGUA